AUGGCAAAGGAUACGUAUUUGAAACGAAUACUUGGUGAAAAAAGCUUAGACCGUGUUAAGCACACAAAGGUGCUAAUGGUGGGAGCAGGCGGCAUCGGUUGCGAACUAUUGAAGAAUUUGAUUUUGUCCGCGUAUGGUGAAGUUCAUAUUGUGGAUCUCGAUACGGUAACACUUUCCAAUUUGAACCGUCAAUUUCUAUUCCGCAAGAAGGACAUUGAUAAAUCCAAGUCACUUACGAUUUCACAGGCAGUUGAAUCUUUCAACUAUUUUGGCACCAAACUUGUAUCCUAUCAUGGCAGUAUUAUGGAUACAAAGCAAUUUCCAAUUCAAUGGUGGGAGCAAUUUAGCAUUAUCUAUAAUGCUCUAGAUAAUGUUGAGGCAAGACAGCAUGUCAACAAGAUGUGCUUGCUUUUGAAAAUCCCUUUAAUGGAUAGUGGAACAGAAGGCCUCAAGGGAAACAUGUAUCCCAUUUACCCUGAUUAUACCGAGUGCUAUGAUUGUCAAGCCAAAACACUGCGCAAAACCUACCCUGUAUGUACUAUUAGAUCAACGCCAUCGCUUCCGGUGCAUUGUAUAACCUGGGCAAAGGAGUUUCUAUUCAAGCAAUUGUUUGACGAAGAAGAAAUCGACAUUGGGGCAGGCCAAAAAGGAGGUCUCAACGAUGCAGAUGCAAUUGCGAAAGAAUCGGACAAUGCUGAGGAAAUCAAGAACUUGACCCGAGAGGCAAACGAAUUAGCUGAUUUGCGUAAAACGGUCACAAGUGCGGAAACAGACGAGUUUGUAUCUCAUUUGAUUAGAAAAAUAUUCAUCACUGAUAUAGAACGUUUAGCACUGAUUGAUGAGCUUUGGAAGUCAAGAAAAAGACCAGUUCCUUUGGACUACACAGAAUAUGAAAGUUCUUUGCAGCGAAUGUUACACAACCAGAGCAACAAAGAGGUUGAGGAUGAGAACGAUGUCGAAAACUAUGACAAGAACAAUGACAAGAACGUCAAGCAUGAUUCUAUCUUGAGUGCCGACACGAAAAACUGGUCGAUACUUGAGAAUUUAUAUGUGGUGUACAAAUCAAGUCAGAGUAUCCAGAAAAGGAUUUGUGAAUUGAAAGAGCCGUUUGUAUCGUUUGACAAGGAUGACGAAGACGCGAUGAACUUUGUUGCCGCGACGUCCAACUUGCGGUCACAUAUCUUCCACAUUGGUACCAUGUCCAAAUUUGAUAUUAAGGAAAUUGCUGGUAAUAUCAUUCCUGCUAUUGCAACGACCAAUGCCCUAGUUUCCGGGUUCUCAGCAGCCAUUGGCACCAACUUUUAUAAAUUCAAUCUUGGAAACGAAAAGGGUAGGUUCAACUAUGAGGAAAUCUGCAAAAGCGCAUAUACAAUGGCAACAUCGCUCACACCUCAGCUGUAUGUGAUAUCAUCAACAGUGAGUGGUCCUCUUGCUGGGUGCCCAACAGAGGCAGGCACAGCUAGAGGAGUAUUCAAAGUACGAGACAGCGAUAUGGGAAACUUAACUCUCAACUGGUUACUAGAACAAUUGAAGGUGAGUUAUGGCUACUCUAGGGAUUCGAUUUCUAUACAAGCAGGGAAGAUGAAACUUAUUUACGAUAUUGAUUUCGACGACUAUGUCGAGGCCAAACUAAAAGAUGUCCCUGGGUUCCAAAACCAGGCAUUGAUAUUGAUACAAGAUGACGACGACCUCCUUGAAAAGUUGGAACUUUUGAUUAAUGUUGUAGAUCCGGGUCCAGAAGGAGAUUAUAAUGGCAUUGUUCUGACAAAACUACCAUCAGUUGUCGUAAACAGAAUUGCUUCUUCCGAAGAUGGGGCAAAAGAGUUGGAAGAUAGUGAUAGCGAUGCCUUGGAAGUUAUUGAAGACCAAAACUCUGGAGAUUCCGAUAUUGAGAUCAUUGAAGAUACAGACGUAGAACCAAACUUGAAGAAACGAAGGAUUGCAUAG